AUGAAUCCUUUCAGCCUGCUGAGGCAAUAUAUUGGGGACUCUUCCCAAAAGCUCACUAAGGAGGAGGUGUUCGAUCCAAAAGUGCACCUCAACUACACCCCACCUUCAAGUAAAUUUACAAUGCAAGACUUGCUUCUAAAACAGAGUCCAACUGCCUCACUAAUCGCAGGAACAACGCCAUUUCCAUUGUUGUCAACCGAAGGUGUCAAAGCCUACCGAAGGGCCCUAUUCCAAAAGGACGUUAUAGACAAAUGUGCCAGCUCGCCAUUCCCAGGGACUUUGGUACUUCGUGAUGCGGUGAAGCAGUCAAAGUUUGUCAGUGACUUCUGGACGCACCCCGAGACAAUGAUGAUUGUGUCUGAAGCAGUCGGUGUACCUCUGGAGGUGGUGAUGCCAACAGAAAUAGGGCACACUAACAUUCAAGUUGAAGGCACUACCAUCGCAGAAAUGGCCAGUAAUCUCAAGGUUGAGCCGGUGGUAGGGAAACUUGAGUUGAGUCCCGAAGACCGAACCUACAACCCUUUGAAAGACGCUAGUGCUAUCAUUCCGUGGCACUAUGACUCGUAUCCUUACGUUUGUGUAUUGAUGCUGAGCGAUACUGAGGGUAUGAUUGGAGGAGAAACUUAUAUCAAGAAGGGAGACGGAGAGGCACAGAAGGUUGACGGCCCCCAAAUUGGUCAUGCUGUCAUGCUACAAGGCGGCGAAGUCCGUCAUCUGGCUGCCCGGGCGAAAGGUGUGAAAGAGCGGAUAACGACCAUCACUUCAUAUCGUUCUACAUUGCCAAACGUUUAUGACUCCAGCUAUAUUACCAACGUCCGCCCUUAUGCGGAUACAAACUCACUCUAUCCCGAAUGGACACAAUAUCGUUUGCGAAAACUGAGAGAUGAAAUUACCCAUUAUCUCGACAACACGGAGAAAGAAGAGGAUCCCGCGCAAGAAAGAAAGAACAUACAAACUCUUAUAGAUCAGCAAAUUGAUUAUUUACGACGAACCUCUCGACAGAUGGUUGACCCUGAGUUUACUCAGCGAGUUUUGAAGAAGUAUGGAAGACCAUCAUACUACGAUGCACCCAGAAUUUGGGAGACUGUUCGAUCACUACCGGAAUUCGAGCGACUUGCAUCAGCCACAGAUGAGAAACAACGUUGGCAGCCGGAGAGUAUCUAUUGGACGGACCUGCUGAGAUCUACCGAAACGAUUCGGCUAGGGAAACCUCUUCAGGGUGUUCUUGGAACCGCUGUGUGGGAGAGGACGAGAACUUACUAUAUGGGGGAUGAACUUCUGCGUCAAGGACUCAAUGAGGCAUUCUUGGAUUGGUUGGGAUACUCAGGUAUCUGGGAACUUUACUGCAAUAUUUGA